GAUCCAGUUGAGUUUCUUUCUUUAUUUUGAGUUUGUGUUUAUGUUUGAUUUUACGUUUUUAUAUGUAAAUAAGAUAUUUUACGAAUUAUGGUUUUAUUUGGGUAGAAGUUGUAGAAUGACUUAAACAAUCAAGUGGCAGAAUGAGAUAUAUAAAGUAAUAUAAUAUAUGUACCGUUAUUAACUUAUUGUACAUGUGAAUGAGGAAGCUUACACACACACACCUUCUAUAAAUAGCUGACAAAACUGGUUGUUACACACAACACAUUCAUAAAUCUCUCAAAGUAAGAACUAAGAGCUUUACUACAGUCCUACUCUCUACACAUCUUCUCUCUCUCUCAAGAGCUAGUCAUGGCCAAACUCAUAACUUCUUUUCUCUUACUCACAAUUUUAUUCACUUUCGUUUGUCUCACUAUGUCAAAAGAAGCUGAGUACCAUCCAGAAAGUUAUGGACCAGGAAGUCUGAAAUCAUACCAAUGUGGAGGACAAUGCACAAGGAGAUGUAGCAACACAAAGUAUCAUAAGCCAUGCAUGUUCUUCUGCCAAAAGUGUUGUGCUAAAUGCCUUUGUGUCCCUCCAGGCACGUACGGCAACAAACAAGUGUGUCCUUGUUACAACAACUGGAAGACUCAACAAGGUGGACCAAAAUGUCCAUAAACAAAAACAUUGAGAGAGAAACCCCAAUCUGUUUCCUAUUUUAUUUAAUUAUUUCCAGUAUGCUUUUGUUGUCGUGAUGGUUAAAUUAUAGUGUUUUUGCAGGUAUCAUUUAUCAUCGAUAAACAAUAUCAUAUAAAAUCUUCUAUGUUUCUUUCACGUUUUGUUUCUUUUGUUGUAGUCAAUACACGAAAUGUGUAUGGACCUUCUAAUUAGGAAUAUAUAAAAUUUUAUUUAUUAAUUAGAUAAUCUUUCGUAU